ACAAUCAUGCAUCCAAACAAUAAUAUAUUAUGUAAUUAUUACGUUGAUAAUUACCACAUAUCGUAGUUUUCAAGAACUGAAAAAAUUCCGAAAUUUUGAAGAAUAUCUAACUAGAGCUCAACAGUUCCUGGUGAUAUCGAUCACCUUAGGGCUUAAUGGGAAACCUUAGUAUUCAAUUGUGUGAAAUGGGGUUUCUGAAAGAAGUUCAAAUUUCAAGAAGACAACUCAACAGUUUUUUUUCAAAGAAGAAUGUGAAAACUGUGUGUGGGUUGAGAAAUGGACCAAGAAAACCUAUGUGGAGGUCAAGGGUUUUGUCCUCAGAGGCAAUACAAGCUGUACAGUCUGUGAAAUUAGCAAAAUCAGCUGACAAAUUAGAGGAGAUGUUGAAAAACAAACUUAGUAGGUUAUUGAAGGCUGAUGUAUUAGACACCUUGAAUGAAUUGCAAAGGCAAAAUGAAGUUCACUUGGCUCUAAAGGUGUUCAACUUUGUCAGGAACGAGGAGUGGUACACACCAGAUUUAUCUGUGUUCAACAGUAUGAUAAUGAUGCUGGGCAAAAACAAAUUCAUUGAAAUGGCUGAACAACUAUUUGUGCACAUGAUAAAAGAAGGUCUGCAUCCAGAUAGUAGAACCUACACUGAGCUGAUUGGGGCAUACUUUAGAGUAGAUCUCAUAGAGAAGGCAAUGGAAAUGUAUGAACUGAUGAAGAUAUCUGGAUUCUGCCCGGAUAAGUUGACUAUGAGUAUUUUGAUAAGGAACCUUGAAAAGGCUGAAGAGAAAGAACUUGUGGUUAGAGUAAAGAAUGAAUGCGCCAACUAUAUUGACUAUCCAGAGAAAUUUCUAAAAGAGAUUGAAAGUACCAAUUUCAAGCGCAGAUCGAUCGACCUUGUCUGAAUUCUUGAAAUGAUAUACAAAAGCUUACGAGUAUUACCCCUUUUGUGGCAUUUGGAGACGUAUAAACUAUUGGAAAGCAAGAGCACGGUAGGCUAUUGUUGAUCCGCAUGUAGUCACUAGUUUGUCAAUACUUGCAUUCCUACUCCUGUAUAGAAAGGAUUUGUCAGUCUUGACUCUUUAAAAAGCUACAGAAACACCAACACAAGCAGCAAUGAACUUUGGCUCCCAAUCUGCAUGAUUACUAGAGUAAAAAAGAAGGUUGUUGCAAAAGCCAAGUAUGGAGACCAACAACCUCGUGAGUCCAACCAAUAACUUGGCAGACAAUGACUCAAGAAAAUCAUCUUCAGCAUGGCGAGAUGUCGGAAUGGACAAGAACAUAAUGAUGGAAACGAUUGAGCUGAUAAUGCUACUGCAUUUGAUAUGACAAAGACCAUAAAUCCAUUCAAAUUUAGCAAUAUUGGAAUAUCAUACAAGAAUUUGGAGGGUUCUUCACAACUUAGUAAUAGUUUGUGCUUGUAUGUGAACUAGAUUCACUGCACGUGUGUUGCACGUGUAGGUUAAAUCUUGAGAUCCCUAUACACGAGAUAUUUUAUUUUUUAUGUAUAUUUUAGGCUUUCAACAUAUCAAUAUGUAUUUAAUAUUGCACUACGCCAUACCAAGUGAAUGGACAAUCUAUUGCCUUCUUGCUUGUUGGGCAUGUAGUGGUGAAGUCAUAUUCUUAAAUUGUUAUUAGGCAAGUUGUUAGUAAGUAAUUGUGCAUGAAUUAAUAGUUUGUCCUCUUAGUUAUGUCGUGUCAUAAACUGUAUGUUCUCUUUUAAUAUUUGAAAUUUAGUGUA